UUUAUUUCUAAAGAUUAGGAUUUUUAUCCUGGUAUCAAAAACAGCAGACAGACAGCAUGCUCAAGAUAAUCCUACAAUUAGCAACCAUUGUUUAUAUCUGUGCAAGAUGUUCGGGAAUGAAUAAUGGAGUUGCACGUACACCUCCUAUGGGCUGGUUGGCAUGGGAAAGAUUUCGAUGUGUCAUAGAUUGCAAAACAUAUCCUGACUCUUGUAUAAGUGAAAAGCUCUUCACAGACAUGGCAGACAGGUUGGUGGAAGAUGGUUGGAAGGAUGUUGGAUAUAAACUUGUCAAUAUAGAUGAUUGUUGGUCGUCUAAGCAAAGAAAUGACGUAAAUGAAUUGGAGCCUGAUCCUGAGAGAUUUCCAUCUGGAAUUCCAUAUCUAGCAAAUUAUAUGCAUAUGAGGGGAUUGAAGUUAGGUAUUUAUGGUGAUUAUGGUACUCUCACUUGUGGUGGUUACCCGGGAUCUAUGGGUUAUGAAAAAGUUGAUGCUCAAACGUUUGCAAGAUGGGGUGUCGAUAUGUUGAAGUUUGAUGGCUGCUAUUCAAAUUCAACUCAGCAAGAGAUUGGUUAUCCUCUCAUGAGUAAAGAAUUAAAUAUGACUGGUCGUCAUAUGAUAUACUCUUGUAGUUGGCCUGCCUACCAAGGUGGUUUGCCUCCUAAGGUUGAUUACAAACUUCUAGGAGAAAUUUGCAAUCUCUGGCGAAAUUAUGGUGACAUUCAGGAUUCUUUUGAGUCAGUAAUGACGAUUAUAAAUUGGUGGGGCGAUAAUCAAGAUGUUCUUAUACCUGCUGCCGGACCUGGAAUGUGGAACGAUCCAGAUAUGUUAAUUGGUGGUGACUUUUCCCUUAGUUAUGAUGAAGCUAGACUUCAGUUUGGAAUGUGGGCGAUUAUAGCUGCACCAUUGUUUAUUUCUGUCGACCUACGUACAAUGGAUCCAAAAUUUAGAAGCAUCUUGCAAAAUGAACAGGUUAUAUCUGUGAAUCAGGAUCCUCUUGGUAUUCAGGGUCGAAGAGUGAAAAUGGAUAAAACUAAUGUACAGCUCUGGGUGAGACCUUUGGUUGGCGAAGAGCAGGCUAUAGCAAUAUUUAGCACAAGAACAGAUGGUGUUCCAUAUGAAUACUACUUCACAUUGUCAGAUCUUGGUAUUCAAAAGCCAGCUUCUGAGUACUUGAUGACGGAUAUUUUAGAUGGAACAGAGCAAAAAGUUGUUGAAUAUACUGACACAUUAUCAGCUGACGUUAAUCCAAACGGGAUUAGAAUGUUCCGUGCUAUUCCGUUAAAGUGAAAUUCUUGACCGCUUCAUAUUAAGAUUGUAUAUUAGAAAAUGUGGAUGACCAAAACUAAUCGCUUGAAUCGAUUCAAAAUUAUUUGUUAUUAAUAAUUGAGAAAUGUUUCAUUUCAAAAAUUUGCUUCAUUUAUUGUUUGAAACCAUUAAAAAUAAAGCAUUGAUCAAAUCACUGUUUUUCUUAAAUUCCAAAUCCAACCCAUUGACUUUGAAAGGAAAUUUGCUUAAAGCGUAUUUCACACGCACUCACUCAGAAAUAAAAGACAUUGAUCUCUGAGCGAAAUUACCGACAAUCACAAGUGCCAAUAGCUACUGAGUACUGAGGCUAAAAAGAAUUACAGUGUAGAAUCGUGCAUUAGUGAAUACUCAUUCCCAUAAGACUUACAACAGUUGGUGUCGAUUCCACAUAACUGAAUUUUCUUAGAAAAUAUUUUAAUACCCAAAAAAAAGGCAAGUGCCCAAAUAAACUUUGAUUUUUUCAGUAUUGUGCAAUACUAAAAUAUUUUUCAUGCGAGUAAUUAUAAGUUCAUGCAACAUGCUUUGAAAUUGUCUAUUUCAAUGUUCUUCGUUAGUUCUGCAUUGUUCAACUGUAUCUAAAAGUGUAGUUGAAUUUAAUCUGUACUGGAAUCCUAUUUUUGAUUCUCCGCUGUUCAAACAUAUGUUAUAUUGCAGGUAUUUACAGCUCAAAUUGUAGUUAUUGUUAUUAUUUCGUAGUUUUCCAAUAUUCGUUCAAGGUCAAGAAUAUUUGGAAUGAUGAAAUUGCAGGUUUCGCAACAAUAUCAAAAUCACGAUGUCAUAAAAUUUGCAAAAUUUUUUUGAUUUGCCAUUUGUUGCUAGUUGUGUUACCUUUUUAUAUUAUUUGAGUAGGUUUAGAUAUUUGAGACAAGAGGAACACUAAAUUGUAUAACUAUGGAUUUUCCUAGUUAAAUAUUAACAAUGUGGAUCACAUGAGGAUUUUAGGACAAAUAAGUGGCACAAGCUGAUACCAACUAAUGCUUUUAUAGCUUAUAUUGUAUUUAUUAGUAAUUACGGUAUUUAUACAAAUAUAUAUUUGUAUUUUUCAAAGGGACUGUCAUAUUACUGUUACAGAUUAUAAAAACUGACUAUUGCUAUCAGUUGAGUGCAAUUUGGACUCGCCGUCAUUUGUUAUAAAAAUGUUUUUAUGAAGUCUGUAGUGAAUCAAGUAUGGUUUGUGUUAUGUUCAUGUGAAGUAUGACAGUUUGAAGCAUAUGUCAAGGAUGUCAUUACUGAAUUUGAUACAUUUUUGUUGUUCAUUUCUAUCGAAGUGUAUUUAUUUUUAAAAUAAUAAGAGUUUGCUUACAGCAAUAAAAUUUUACUUUCAAGUAGAAUUUAUAGAAUCCUUGUAAUGGAAUAAGUAAAUUUUGCUCUGUCAUUUUUAAACUCGAUUUAGGUUAGUUAUUAUACUUGUUGCCUGGUUUAUUUAAAUCAAAAUUAUAGUACAAAUGCCUAAUUUCUUAUCCAUAAGCUCAAAUCAGAAAACAUUGAUAGAUUCGUUUCUAAACCAUUGUCAUUCAUUUUUGUUUCUCAAUUUUUUUGCUUUUGAGAGUGGUCUAAUGCAGCAAAAUUAUUAUUCAUUUAAAUUACAGUAAAAAAAUUCUAGGUAUCCGUAUUAGAAAAAAAAACAACUUUAGAAUGAUAAACUUUCAGAAUUAUGUAACACCAAUUUUAUGCAAUUGAUUUUUGUAUUCGAUUUAUUGCUAGUUAUAUUUUGCAGUAUGACAUAUGGGAAUAAUAAAAAAAAUUUUGAUUUUCAUAUUAAGA